UACCAGAUAUCUUACCGCUCCAACAUUAACCGCUGUUGUAAUCAGUGACCUGUCCGAAAUUAGCUUUGGUGUCACUGUUUUUAGCAGGAUGUGUUGCAUAUGGCUUGCAACUGCAUCCUUCCGUCCCGAGGAACUCACCACCCAGCCAGUGAUAGGAGAACAUGGAAUCAGAGCAAUGAGGGCGGCAUGCAGCAACAGCAGCUCCACCUUUCACCAUGCAUGCGACUCUACAUCUACGGACUUCAUGGCUUUUUGACUGAAAUAAUCUUCACGGCAGCUUGGGAAUACGUCACACGACUUAACUGGAAACUUCCAGGUUGUUCCAGUGUGUGGUCUCUCCCCAUCUAUGGUAUUUCUGGACUUGUGAUGGAAAGCAUACUGACUGCUUGCAUGUCUUUCAAAAUACCUAUUCAUAUACGUGGUUUGUGUUAUCUUUUGUGGGUUUAUCUCUGGGAAUUCUCAACAGGAUCCAUCCUGAAAACAUUUGGUGCAUGUCCAUGGGACUACUCAGAAUUUACAUACAAUUUCAGAGGGCUAAUAACGUUUGAAUAUGCUCCUUUAUGGUAUGUUGUUUCUCUGCUGAUGGAGAAAAUCAUAAUCAACAAGGUGCUGCAACUACGGUGGGUGGUCCCACAUAUUCACAAUGGUUCAGCCACAAAGCUGUGUGACUGAAGUCAGUUGUACUGGCUGUUAAGAAAAAUUCAUCCUGUGAAAUAUCUGCCAAAAAUGGGUUGAAGUCCUGUUAAUACCAGAGAUUGGCAGUCUCAUGAAAAACAAACAAAUGUAAUCAAAUACAGUACUUAAACAUGACCUUUUUGAAAACUUUAAGUGUAACAUCAUAGAGCAACUUUAACACAAAAUUGGCAGCUCUAUGUUGUAAAUAUGAUAUUGUGACAUAUGUGUACUUUCUUUCCUGAGAAGAGAAGUGUUUUACUAUGCAAGUGAAGUCAGUAAUCUAUACCUAGAGCAAAUAUGUUAGCUGACCGACAGUAUCUAGUUUGCUUCAAAAAACAAUUUUGUACAAUUCACAUUGG